AUGUAACAAUUUUGUACGAUAUAGGAACUGAUAAAUUUUUAAGGGCAAAAAUAAAAUAACAACAAUCAUCGAUAGAAACUACUAUUGUUUGAAAAACCAGAUGUAGAUUAAGGUUUGCAAACUCAAGAGAAACCUUUAGAAAAUAAAUUAAAAAAAGUACCCUCAUAUUAAAUUUAGAAAUUGCUACCAUAAGAAGAAAUUGAAAGUCAACAUAAAAUGGGAUUAAAAUAAAACUAUUCAUUUCGUAGGAAACUAGUUCCUCAAGGGUUUUAAUAAUUGAUUUCCCCAAGGGUUCAGUCUCCUUAUGAUUAGAGAGAUUGGAUAGAGUUUUUAUCAAAAUAAAACGAAAAAUUGUUGGAAGAAAAUGAAAUAAAACAGAAAAUAAUUAAUUAACUUUUAGAAUCCCAAACUCAACCACAAAAGAUAUCAAAUUUAAAUUCCCCAAGACUUUAAUAAUUCCCCAUCUAAUAGCCUCCAAAAUCAGUAGAAACAAAAAAAGUAACAUCACAAAUUUCGAGAUUACCUUAGAUUAAAACUCCUUAACCUAAUUUAAAACAUAGAAUAGAAGUUAAAGAAACCGAUUAAACUCAAGAUGAGUCUACUAAGUUGUUUCAAUGUUUUUCUCCGCAUGUAAUGAACUAAUAAAAUUGGAGCUUUGGAAAAUAGUUAAAUUUUGAUGAUGAAAAGAUUGAAGAAAAAUAGAAUCAAUAAUAGUAAAUAGCACCUUCGAACACUAAUUAAUUGAAAUCUACUUUCUAAAAUAAAUUCAAUUAGAAAUAGUACUCACAUCCAGUUAUAUAAAUAAAAACUAAUUUUUCUAAACCUUUACUAAAAUUACCUUAAGAAUUUCAUUUAUAAACUUGGAAUACAAAAUAACAAUUUAUUUGA